AGUGAUUAGAGCAGCUCAGCUCUACAGGAAUAGGAGGAGGGUUCGCAGUUCAGCGCCACAACCGACGCAGCACCACGCUGAAUAUGUAUAAAUAUACACCGGUCCGCACCAAUUAGCUUUACUACUGCUGUAGUAGGGAUUGUUGGGAUCCGCCGUGCCAGAAAAGGGAGGACACUGCAAGCCAAAUGGGAUUGACCUCAGCUAAAAACAAGACUUGAAGUUUAUGCGUUCUUCUUAUUAUUGUUUUUUUCUUUUAUAUGCUGGACUGUAUUUUUGAAUAGCACCAGGGGACGUUCCUGACGGAGGUCUUAGGGGAACACGACUAUUGAGGAAGCCUAGGUGUUGAUUUCAAUGGCGGACGCAGUAAACAGACACAGCACUUGGCAGUUGUGGUGGGGUACUUUUGCUUCAGCUGGUUCAAUAAUAGCUCAGGGCAUGGCGCUGGUGGCAGGCUCAUAGAACUGUAGAGGCCAUGGAGGUUGUUUGGAACAGGUCAUUGGGAUCUCAUUUCAUGUAAGGAACUAUGGUUAACCACUAUGAACACUUGAUGGCAGAUCAAAAGAUGGACCAACUGGUAACUGGUUAAGCAACUUCCCCCAUCACAAACGGAGAUUAGAAAAGAAUGAUUUGCUGGUUGAUGGCGUUUUUGCGGCAGAGCGGUGACUACUGCCACGCCCAACACAUUUGAGAGGAACGUGCGAUGAAACUUCAGCCGGCGUCUCUGACGUCCUGAACGCCUCUCAGCGGUUUCCUUUAGCUUCAGAGACAGCCGACCCAUGGGGUAACCAGUGGAUACUAGCCCUCGAGAAGAUAACAGGAAAGAAACAAAGCGAGAGAGAGGAAAAACUGAACUUCGGUGCCGAGCACGACAUAUAGUGUGUAGAAAGGAGUAAGGACCGGACCUGAACUCAACCCAGCUGAUGGGGUAAAAACUGUUUUGGACACACCAACGGGACAACAGAACUGGGAAGGUUUCAAUAACUGUAUAGGAGACUACAGAGCGCAUGCGGGAAGUUUGAAAUCGCCCGGAGAACUGAUAUCCAAUCACCUGGUCUGGGAGUGGAAACGAGAGCUGCUUGCUGGUUAAAGCCAAAGGGGCAAACGGGUGAUUUCUAAAGGUCAGAGGUCAUCCUCGGAGGUCACAGAUCCCAAUGGCUAACAUGAUUCGUCCGGCUCCUGUGGAGCUCUGCCACAAGAACAUGAGGUUCCUCAUCACUCACAACCCCACAGACAGCACGCUAACGUCUUUUAUAGAGGACCUGAAGCGGUUUGACGCAACAACAGUGGUUCGAGUGUGUGAGGUAACCUACGACAAAGCCCCGCUGGAGAAAGAUGGAAUCACAGUGGUGGAUUGGCCAUUUGAUGAUGGUGCUGCACCCCCCAGUAAGCUGGUUGAAGAUUGGUUGAACCUGUUGAAGAAGAAAUUUCAGGAGGAUCCAGGAUCCUGUGUGGCUGUUCAUUGCGUAGCCGGACUUGGCAGGGCUCCUGUCCUGGUGGCUCUGGCUCUGAUAGAGAGUGGGAUGAAGUAUGAAGAUGCCAUUCAGCUCAUCAGACAGAAACGUCGUGGAGCCAUCAACAGUAAACAGCUGACUUACCUGGAGAAAUAUCGGUCAAAACAUAGACUACGCUUCAAAGACUCUCAUUCUCCAAAGAACAAGUGUUGCACCAUGUAAAAUAAAACACACACACUGGCACAUGCUCUCACAGACACACACACACACACACACACACACACACACACACACACACACACACACACACACACACACACACACACACACACACACACACACACACACGUUUUGCACUAUGAAGGACAAAAGCACUUUUUGCUACUUCAUCACAAAUGAAGUCCUCCUUAGCCUUCCUUGAUAUUCUUUUAAACAACCUCGAAGUUAAUUUGGAGAUCUUUCAAUGCACAGAAGAAUAGCUUCGUCAUGGGAUUUCAGAGCUUGUUUCUAAUGACUUCAUGUAUUUGAGAUGAUUUUCGCAACAGAUAUGCUUUGUUUGAUGGGUUAGCACGGAGAGAGACGGGAAAGAUGGGAGCAAGGGAGUGUUAGCGUGAUGUUUUCACAGAUAUUUCACGUUUUCUUUCUGUUUUAUUCAACUUUGUGGUGAGAAUAGUGACACCAGAUCAAAUUACUUUUAUAUUAAACUAGCCCUAUUUCGUGGUUCAAAGGUGAACCGUGAAAAUCUAUUUUCCAUUUCAUAGUCCUUUGAAGUCUAAAUGGCUUUAUCAACCUUGAUCAAAUAUGAUCCCUUUAUUAUGCGCUUUGGCCUUGGUUAACACCCAGAUUCACUUGGUUCAAACAAAACACAUCCAGUUCCACGAUUUUAUUAGAUGGAUCUGAUUAGAUGCGUCCACUGGAUUCACAUUUCCCCCAAACACUGAACUCAUUCCUGUUAUUCAAGAGCAACGUACCAUCCAACCUCCGAGACGGCACUUUCUCAGGGGAAACACUGGUGCAAAGGCUCUUUCUAAUUGGUUUAAAUUGGUGAUGAGUGAUUGUACUCGCCUCUUUGAGCUAAUGGCUAACCCAGAAAUUACAAAACCUUGGUUUGGCGCUGUCAAAUCUCCUCUAUCCCAUCAUGAGAAUGAUGUACCGUUUACAUGUAAUGAACAAUACUGAAAAACAAACCACCACAACUAGAGACAAGACGGUAUGGUCAUAAUGGUCCUUUAGUACGAGACAAGUCAAGUACCUAUUCUGUGCAUCAGCCAGGGGUUGUUUUACAUAUAAACUCCUUGGUUUGGAAACUUAAGACACAUAUUACAAAAGAAUGUAACCUAAAUAACCUAAACCAUGGUUAUUUUAUGGUCAAUUGAGUAGAAGAUUGAUUUAAAAAUGUGUGUAUGUGUGGGUGGGUGUGUAUGUGUGUAUAUUUGAAAGAGUUGUAUGUGCGUGUGUUUGUGCGUGUGUAUGCGUCUGCUUGUGUGUCUGUGUAUAAGGAUUGUGUGUGUGUGUGUGUGUGUGUGUGUGUGUGUGUCUGUGUGAAAAGAGUAACUACGCAUUUGAAAGUCUUGUGUUCUUUUGUUGGGUUUUGUUUUUAAUGCAUGUUUUUAAAGCAAACAUUUUCAUGUAUCCUAAAAGGAAAAGUCAUUGGCUUUGUUUUUAAAGUGGCGACUGAUGACUAAAGCUUUGUUUUCACAUCACAAUUGGCCUAGCAUGUUCUUAGCAUGUAGCAUUAGCCCUGAUAUGACUGUUAACUCGAUAAGUGUACCUAAUGAGUAGUUACUCUUUAAUGUUUGUUGCUCUAAAUUGUUUGGAGAGUUACAAUAGGUGGCUGCUUUUCCAAGCUAGUCUAUAACUGGCCAGCUGUUAAGAAAAUUUAAUAUCUGUUGUCGCUUUUCUCAGAAUCCAAUUAAAAGAGUAAUAUAUCUGUACAUUCUUUAAAUAAUAAAAUGAUUUAAUUAUUUAUCUUUUGAUGUCCAUUAAAGACAUUGGAAAUCGAUAAAUUGUUGUUGAGUCACAUUACUCUCAAGGCAAAUCCAGUUACGAUGGAAUUUGAUUUUUCCAAACAUCAGCACUUCCAAGUUAUCCACUAGGCCUGUUUAAUUGAAUAAAAAUGUCUCUGAUCAAAAGCA